AUGGGUCAAGACAUAACUGAAUUGAAAUCCUUUAAGGAAGAAGUAAAUUCUAACUUGCAAAACCAAGGAGCUGCCAUCCAGAAGCUAGAAAAUCAAAUUGGGUAUUUGUCUAAGCAAACCCCUGGGCCAAGUGUUUCUCAUGCUGCCAAGGCUAUUGCAAGGGAAGAAUGUAAGGCCAUAACCCUCAGAAGUGGAAAGAAGCUAAAGGAGAUCUCAAAGGAAACCACAGAGGAUGAAGCAAAGGAAAAUGUGAGAGACAAGGAACAGGGGCAAUCUUUUACACCGUCUGCAACAAAAGAAAAAGAAAAAGAGGUCCUAAAGCCUUAUACACCCAAAGCACCAUAUCCUCAACGUUUGAUGAAAAGUGAAAAGGAUGGCCAAUUCUCCAGAUUCUUGGAGAUUUUCAAGAAGCUUCAAAUCAACAUUCCGUUUGCUGAGAAAUUGAAGGAUCCAGACAGUUUCCAAAUCCCCUGUAUCAUAGGAGAAGUCAUGGUGGAGAAGGCCUUGUGUGACUUAGGGGCCAGUAUCAAUUUGAUGUCUCUAACAAUGAUGAGAAGAAUGAAGAUUGAGGAAGCCAAACCAACAAGAAUGGCCCUCCAAUUGGCAGAUCGAACUUUUAAAUUCCCUCAUGGGAUAGUUGAGGAUUUGUUGGUGAAAGUGGAAGAUUUUAUAUUCCCGGCCGAUUUUGUGGUGCUAGAUAUGGAGGAAGAAGCCAAAGCCUCCAUAAUUCUGGGAAGACCUUUCCUGGCUACUGCUGGGCUUCGAUAA